UGCUUGGUGCUGUAUUAUUAUGUCUGGCUUUCACUCCUGAAAAAGUGAAUGAACAGGGUGACAGAAAGGAAGAUCUUAAAAAAAUUGAUCUAUUCUCUUGGUUAUAAGUAUAGUUUUAAGUACACAUGAUAUGCGGAUGUCUUAAAAUUGUUCAAGAACGAGGGAAACAAUGUCUCUAAUAUAGUUUCGCACGAAUCUCUAUUAUUCCCUUGCCAUUUUGUUUUCCGCAAAACAUGGGCAACUCAAUCACAGGUACACCCAUGGAAUUUCAGUUUUCCCAUUUUAGCUUCUAAUGUAUAUUCCAAACUCCCCUUUUAGUGAUUGCUGGUGUAUUUCAGUCUGGGAUUGAAUUGCUUGGGCAAGUAAUUCCUUGUAGCUAAUUAAAAAAUCUUUACACCAAACAUCACCUUAAUCUGAUAUUGCUGGCAUUCGGGGAAGAGAUCCCCAUUCUGAGUAUGUAAAUGUACCUGUGGGAAUGGCUGGUUCACUUUAGCUCUCAAGAAAUAUUUUGGUUGCACUUAUGGCACUACAAUCAUGGAAAUGCUUCAUGCGACAUUGGAUGAGAACUCACAUUCCUAAAGAGAAUGACAUCCGUAGCACAUGAAGCUAUUCCUAGAUGUGCUGAUAACACUGCAUUGGCUGUUCGUGCUCUGUUUGGGAUGUCCCUAAGAAUCCUUCACCGCCAGCGCCGAUUGACGAGAACAGGGAGUUAUGUCAGCUGGGGUGGUAUCGACUUGCUGCCUCCUGUCUUGUUCAAAGCCUUCUUCUCAAGUUCAUGGCUAUGUGAAUUUCCAUAACUCCACGUCAAGAUGGAGGCAGAACGGGACUGUAAUCAAAUGUUGUACUAGAAGGGCAUCGGAAAAGCCAGGAGCUCAACAGAAUUACUACGAGUUACUUGGAGUUUCUGUUGAGUCAAAUGCCCAGGAGAUCAAAGAUGCGUAUCGGAAGCUGCAAAAGAAAUAUCAUCCAGAUAUCACUGGCCAACAGGGUCAUCAGUACACACUGUUGCUGAAUAAGGCUUAUGAAGUGUUGAUGUCAGAGGAUCAAAGAAGGAAGUACGAUGAAUCCAUCGGUCAGAUGAGACUGAGAUUUGCGGAAAACAACUCUCCCUUGGGUUACAGUACAUGGAAAGGGCCUUUGAGGCCACAUGCCUUAUUUGUAGACGAGAAUGCAUGUAUAGGAUGUGGAGAGUGUGCGCAUUUUGCAAGCAACACAUUCACUAUGGACGAAGCUCUUGGAUCUGCGCGGGUAAAAGUCCAAUACGGAGAUGAUGACCAAAGUAUUGAGGUGUCGGUUGAGUCAUGCCCAGUCAACUGCAUCCACUGGGUGGACACAGAAGAGUUGCCAGUGCUAGAGUUCCUGAUUCAGCCGCAACCGAAGAAAGGGUAUGGUGUAUUUGGAGGAGGUUGGGAAAGGCCUGCAAAUGUCUUCAGUGCAGCUAAGGCUUUCAAUAAACAGCUAAAGAGAAAGGAAGCAGCUGGCUAUGGUCAUAGCUCAGGUGAAACGACUGUAGAGGAAAGCCCGGCACAAGCUCAAGCUCGAGCCCAAGCAAGUAUGGAGAUAAAUAUGGGGGUUUUCUUUAAACUAUGGACGUGGUUGAAGGAAACAUUUAGCAUAAAUGUUCCAUAGAGAUGAAUUACCUUUGAGUCUCAUGAGAGAAAUGUGAAAAGUCUCGAACAGAAAAUGGAUGUAAAUAACAUAAAAGGAAAUCUGGUGGCGAUGUUGGUUAUUAUACAAUCUCAACCA